AUGUUGACUGAAGAGGAAAAACGACGAAUCGAUGAUGUUUAUUACAAUUUCGACAAUGGAGGUACAUUUUUGAGUCCUGUAAAAGUUCAUCAAGUCUUAAAGUCAAGUGGAUAUCAUACACCCGGUCUACACAAGAUUAGGAGGUAUCUACAGUCUUUGGACGAAUACAGCUUACAGAAGCCUGCGAGACGAUCUUUUAGACGUGCUCCCGUGGAAGUUGCUGGGCCGUUCGUGCAGUAUGACGUGGAUUUGGCGGCUGUGACGUCACUGUCUAAACAAAAUUCAGGUGUCAGAUUUCUGCUCGUCGUCAUCGACGUGUUCAGUCGCUUUCUGCGGGUAGAACCUGUCAAAGAUAAAACGGCAAAGACGGUAUUAGAUGCAUUUAAGGUCAUAUUAAAUCGUGGAAGAUUUCCACUAAAACUAAGAACCGAUAAGGGAUCUGAAUUCAACAAUCGCUGGUUGAAAACAUUUUGUCGCGACCACAACAUUCACUAUUUUACCUCCCAAAACGAGACCAAAGCCAACUAUGCUGAGAGUCAUUAG